UCGAUAGCCGGCCGAUAGUUCUUAGGCAACAGCUGAUGAUACUCUAGAAGAAAGCAUAACUCUCUUGGACUUAUUCGCUUCGAUAGCAAUCAAAUAUUUGGUUAUAUAUCAAAUUUAUCGUGUUUUGCUAUCGCUAUUUCAAUUUAUCAUAAUUUUUUAAUUAUGAAGUACAAAUUUUUAAAAUCAACCAUUAUAAUGUCGGGUUGAAAAAGAAGCCAAAAUUUAAGAAUAAGGGCAUCCAUGUUCCCUUAUGGUCGGCUUAUUUUGCUUCUUGUUUUGAUUUUGCGACGACGUAGCCGCGUACGACUUCCACAUAUCCCACAUCCACGCUGGCUGUAGUCCACUGACCAUGCCCAUCCGGUAAUUGAAUUAGCGACACCUAUUGACACACCGACUGACCCAAGAUGCAGCGCCAGCAGCUUUCCGGCGUCUAUGGCUGCAUCGCUUUAAUCCUGUCCCUCCUGCUGCUGAAUAUGGGAGAUGUUGCUGGCCAGAAGCAGUACUCCAAGGCCCGAAAGCUGGAGCUAAGGGAGGAUGUUCGCCGAAUGUUCCAGCACGCAUACGAUGGCUAUUUAAGACACGCCUCCAAUUACGAUGAACUGCGUCCGCUGACCUGCGAUGGGCACGAUACCUGGGGCAGCUACUCUCUGACGCUAGUCGACGCCCUGGACACCCUCGCCGUUAUGGGAAACUUUACGGAGUUCCGGAGAGUCAGUCGCUUGCUGGAGCAGAAGAUGAACUUCGAUAGAGACAUCAAUGUAUCGGUCUUUGAGACCAAUAUCCGCAUUGUCGGCGGCCUGCUCUCCGCCCACCUGCUCUCCAAGAAGGCCGGUGUGGAACUGGAGGCAGGAUGGCCGUGCCAGGGUCCGCUGCUACGCCUGGCGGAGGAUGUUGCCCGGCGCCUGCUGCCGGCCUUCGAUACGAAUACCGGCAUGCCCUACGGCACCGUCAAUCUGCGUUAUGGCGUGCCCAAAGGCGAGACAUCGGUAACCUGCACAGCUGGCGUUGGAACCUUCCUAAUUGAAUUCGGAACCCUGAGCCGGCUGACGGGGAACAGCAUCUACGAAGAGGUGGCCCUACAGGCGGUUCACGCGCUCUGGGCCCACCGCUCGUCCAUCGGCCUCUUUGGCAACCACAUCGAUGUGCAGAGCGGCCGCUGGACAGCCCUGGACUCGGGCAUUGGAGCGGGAGUGGACUCUCUGUUCGAGUACCUGGUGAAGGCGGCCAUGCUUCUCAACCGGCCGGAGCUGCUGGAACUCUUUCACGAGGCGCGGGCCGCUAUCGACAAGUACAUGCGCAAGGAGGACUGGUAUGUGUGGGUGGGCAUGAACAAGGGCCACGUCACCCUUCCCGUGUUUCAGUCCCUGGAGGCAUUUUGGCCCGGCAUUCUGAGUAUAAUCGGAGACACAGAGCCGGCCGUGCGCACCAUAACCCGGUACAUUGGGGUGUGGAAGAAGUACGGCUUCCUGCCGGAGUUCUACAACAUAGCUGCUGGAGAGGCGUCGCCAAACCGGGAGGUGUAUCCCCUGCGCCCCGAACUGAUCGAGUCGGCGAUGUACCUGUACCGGUCCACCAAAAACGAGUACCUGCUGGAGCUGGGCGAGCACAUGCUGGAAACCCUGGAGUUUAGUGCCAAGACCAAGUGUGGCUAUGCCACGAUUCGCAACGUUGUCACGCACGAGAAGGAGAAUCGCAUGGAGUCCUUCUUCCUGGCCGAGACGAGCAAGUACCUGUACCUGCUCUUCGACGAGGACAACUUCCUGCACAACGAUGGCACCGGUGGGGAGCUACUCUCCACCGAGGAGGACGUUUGCGUGGUGCAGGCGGGGGCCUACAUAUUCAACACCGAAGCCCAUCCCAUGGACAUGUCGGCUCUGCACUGCUGCCACGCCCACAAGGAGGAUAUUUAUGCCUCGUUGGAUCUGCAGCGCUUCAGUCAGCAGGCGAUUUUCGAGCGGAGUCGCAAGCGUCAGAUGGCAGUGCAGGAUCAGUGGGUGCCGCAGUGCCAGCCGGAUAACUACCAUGGUUUCUUCCAAGCCCAGCCGGAGGCGGAGCAGGAGCACAGGAGUGCGAGCAUCAAGGAUCGAGAGCCCCACACCACCACAAUGGCCGUGGACAUUGAAGUUUUUGAUGAAUUCCAGCAACCGGCGGGGGAUGUGCUGGUGAGCAACUUUGAGAGGAUUCGCGAGGAGCGGGAGCUGAACCAGAGCGUGCAGCGGAGCGAGGUGCCGAGGAACCAGCUGACGGUCAGUGAUCUGGACGAAUUUUUUGCCCAGCGGAGGGAGAGCUUCGCAUCCGUCGCCGAUACGUUGAAAUAUGUGCUUGCCUUUAUGAACAACUUCACCAUGGACGUGGCCUUCAUCCGGGGAUUGCAGCUGUACGACGGCAACAUCACCAACGUCCUGGGCACCAGUGCCCAGAAGGAGUACGAGUCCCGGAUGCGCUCCCUGUGGCAGCUGUACGAGCUGGAGCAGCAGUACGCGGCCAAUAUCCGGCUAAUCAAGGGGCUGGGCUUGCUCAGCUUCCAGGCGGACGGAGAGCGUAUGCGCAGCUACUUGUCGGAGGUGCUGGACAGCCUAGACCGGCACGACACCUCGAAUACCUCGUCGCCCAUUCGCGACAUCAUUGCAAGCGCUCGAAUGGGUUAUGUCGUGGCGAUGGCCAACACCACCGCCAUGCAGGAGUUUGCCCACCGGAUCUUCAGGAGUGGCAGCACGGAGGCGGCAACCCGCUUCCACGCACUGCUGAAGCCCGAGGACAUGGGCCAGCCGGAGCACCUGAAGGCUCUGACGUUGGCCGAGGAGCGCGAACUCUUCCGCUACACCCGCAGAAUAGUGGACUUUCGCAAACGCAUGUCAGAGACGGUGGACCGCCUGCAGACCAUCAUGCAGGACAUUACGCCGGCCAAAAGCAAGGAGGUUGAUCCUCCAGAUGCCACCAAACAGGUUCAGGAAACCGAAGCCCAGCCAGCGAAUAGCCAAAUGAAAAUAGAGGGCAAGCAGCAGCCCGGUGGAGGAGAUGUAAGCCCCAAGUCGGCAGAUGCCACAGCCCUAGCGGAGAAAGCGGAGCCGGACGAAGCCGGAGGAUCUGUGUGGUCGCAGUUCGUGCAGACCAUUCUCCGGAAGGCGACCGUGCAGCGGGUGAAGUUCGACGAGUCCGUGCUGCUGGAGAAGACGCGCAAGGCGCUGGAGAAGCACACCCACAAGGAGCUGCCCCACCACCUGUUCGCCUGCCACCGACCGGAGUAUAUCGAAUCCCUCGCCUACCGGGACUUUUAUCCGGAGGCCCUGUAACCCAAACCCUCGAUAACUAAACACGACUGAUCUGUAGAUAUGUAUUUAGUUAGUUAAGGGGUAUUCGCACUGGUAACUAGUACUGGUAACUGGGCACUGAUACCUCACGGAGUACUCUCGAUCCCGUCAUUCCCAAUCGGAUUAAAUCCCCAGAUCCCGCAGGGGUUACCUUGUAAAUUGUCUAUUGUUUCAUCCCCCACACCCCCUAAUUUUUAGAAAAUUUUUAGCAAUCUUUUUUGUUUUGUGAGAAAAGUGUAUGUAUUUAAAAGAUAGUUUUAAAAUAAGAAGCAUUUAGUGAAUGUUUUUAGGGUAACUACCUCCAAAGGUUCUUUUGCAUUUCCCUUCCCAAUCCCCGAUGUAAACUCCGACAAACAAUUUAGAAUUAAAUCGAAAUGACUUAAAAAAUAAUGACUUUAGUUUAAGUGCCAAGGGUUCGAUGUACAUACCGGAUGAAUUUUAUAAAUGAUUGUACAUUAAAGUUUGGUAAAUACUUGAAAAUAUCAUAGAACCUCUAAUCCUUUCAAGGGCCCAGGAUAAUGGAUCUGGCGCGCCACUGUGAAUACCCCUUGAGCAAACCUCCACUUGUUCCGGCAAUUAAUUUAUUAACAUACACUUAAAUAUAUGAAUUAGUCUAUAUUUGUGGUAUACUGAA